AUGAGACUUAAGGAUUUGUUGGCUCAACAAGGUUUACAAAAGGCGUCGUGUGAUGAGAAACCAACAGACAUUGCAAUCAUUGAUUGGAUUAAGAUGGAGGAAAAUGUCGUAGGUUUGAUAAGACUUUGCAUUUCUGAUGAUGUGAUGAAUCAUAUCCUAGACCUCACAACUCCGAAUGAAGAACAUGGAGAUUUGCAGGCUCAUGUCAACGCUUUCAAUAACAUUCUCGCUAAUUUAACACGACUUGGUGUGAAGGUUGACAAUGAGGAUAAAGCCAUUGUUUUUUUGUGCUCUUUAUCAAGCUCUUAUAAUCACUUGGUGACCACUCUCACUCACGAGAAGAGGGACUAUCCAAACAAGUCAGCAAAUGUAGUUCAGGAUAAUGGUUCUUGCAGUGAAGAGGAUUUGCUUUGCGUUUCAUCUGCAAAGUACACUGAUGCAUGGAUUCUUAAUUCUAGGUGCUCCUACCAUAUGACACCGCAUCGGGAGUGGCUCAACUUUUUAAAAGCAUGUGAUUUUAGUUUUGUCUAUUUAGGUGAUGAUAUAACUUGUAGCAUCACCAGAAAGGGGAAAAUUAAAAUUGCUUUGGAUGAUGGUGGCACACACAUUUUAAGUGAGGUGUGUUAUGUUCCAGAAUUAAGGAAGAAUUUCAUUUCUCUGGAUACUCUUCAAGUAAAUGUUUAUUCAUUCCGAUCAGAUGGAGAUAAAGACAUUAUGAAGGUUAUCAAGGGUGAAAUGACAAUGAUGACAACAAGGAAGACUGCAGACAACAUUUAUAAGUUAUUAGGGGCACAAUUAUGGGUGAUGUAG